AUGAACGGCGCUGGCGAUCCCGAGAGGAACCAGGCCAUCGAAGAUUACAAAAAGACACUUCUCGAUCUCCGAGAAUGGGAGGCAAAGCUCAAGUCCCUGCGUAUGGAGAUUAAAGAAUCUCAAAAAGAGUACGACAUAACAGAAGAAAACAUCAAGGCACUGCAAAGUGUUGGUCAGAUCAUCGGCGAAGUCCUCAAACAGCUCGAUGAAGAACGAUUCAUCGUCAAAGCAUCCUCCGGUCCGAGAUAUGUCGUCGGAUGCCGCUCCAAAGUCGACAAGGCGAAGCUUAAACAAGGCACGCGUGUGGCCCUCGACAUGACAACCCUUACGAUUAUGCGAAUGUUGCCCCGUGAAGUCGAUCCUUUGGUUUACAACAUGUCCCUGGAAGACCCAGGUCAAGUCAACUUUGCGGGUAUCGGUGGUUUGAACGACCAGAUCCGAGAACUUCGGGAAGUCAUCGAGCUACCCUUGAAGAACCCAGAGCUCUUUAUGCGAGUCGGUAUCAAGCCGCCAAAGGGUGUCUUAUUGUAUGGUCCUCCGGGCACAGGAAAGACGCUGCUUGCAAGAGCUGUAGCAAGCUCUUUGGAAACCAACUUUUUGAAAGUGGUUUCAUCUGCCAUCGUCGACAAAUACAUCGGUGAAUCGGCGCGAUUAAUUCGAGAGAUGUUUGGAUAUGCCAAGGAACACGAACCCUGUAUUAUCUUCAUGGACGAAAUCGAUGCUAUCGGAGGUCGUCGUUUCUCCGAAGGAACUUCGGCGGAUCGUGAGAUUCAAAGAACAUUGAUGGAACUGCUCAACCAGCUCGAUGGUUUCGAUUAUCUUGGAAAGACAAAGAUUAUCAUGGCCACGAAUCGACCCGACACACUUGACCCUGCUCUUCUGCGUGCUGGACGUUUGGACCGAAAGAUCGAAAUUCCUCUGCCUAACGAGGUUGGCCGGUUGGAGAUUCUCAAGAUUCACGCUAGUACGGUGGUGACGGAGGGCGAGAUCGAUUUUGAGAGUAUAGUGAAGAUGAGUGAUGGUCUCAACGGAGCCGAUUUGCGUAACGUGGUAACUGAAGCUGGUUUCUUCGCAAUCAAAGAUGAACGUGACUCUAUCAACCAAGAUGACUUCAACAAGGCGGUUCGCAAGGUGGCCGAAGCAAAGAAACUCGAGGGCAAAUUGGAGUACCAGAAACUAUAG